CCGUAUGGACUUAAGAAUGUUUAGCGAAACGAAAGUGUUACUGGCAAAUGUGUAAGAUAUAACUUGAAGAAAUUUCGUUGUGUAUGCUUGUCACCUAUAGACUACAUUAUGAAAUUAAAGGUUGUAAAAUCACAUGAUCGAGGCGGAGGUGUCACCAGAUAAGCAAAAACAGUGCAAAAAUCUGUUUUAUUUCUAAAAUCAAAAUGGACAGACAAGUGGAGAUUGUUUCACUGUGCAGGGACCUCAAUUCGGAGAAGGGACCAGAGAGAAGGAAAGCUGCAGUUAAGUUGAACAACUGCCUGAACCAGUCCAGUGUGAAGAAGGUUUUGGAUAAGAAUUUUGAAAUCAAACAACAAGAAGGGAAGAAGUCUAGAGCCUUCACAUGGGAAAAUGUAUUCAGGGCAGUGUGCAUUUAUGUGCAGCUUGAGACAGCAGAGUUAGAGAAAGCAAAUGAGAAUGUGUCUAAAUCAACAAAGACCCAGCGUGAAACUCGCAAGAAAGACAUCAGCGGCUUGGUGAAAGCUGUUGUCAGGGCAGCUGACAAAGGGUCUCCGAAGUUGAAGGGCACGCUGCUUUUUGAGCACAUCAAAGGUGUUUUAAUCAACUCGGUCUCCUGUGACUUCUAUGGGCAAGACUAUUGCAGCCUCCUGCUAAAAAAUGUCCUCACUGUCAAGUCGUACGUUGUCGAACUGAACAGCAAAGAACUGCAUGAGAUGGUGUUCUUGUUCUGCAAGCUGUUCAACUCUGCUGAUGUGACGGUAGAUCGCCUGGUACUAGCAAGGAUCAUCCAUUCCCUUGUUCACCAUCUUACCGUGCAAUGUGACGUGCGACCCAAGAAAAUACUGUCAUUCUUCGUAGACUUUUUCUUAAAAUCAAAGCAACAGAAAUCAGGUCUGAUAGUCCAGCACCUUGUGUCAGCCCUGACCAUCCUGGUGCGUGACAUCGCCCCAACAUCCCGGGGACAGGUGUGCGGUCUCGGAGAGGAGAUACUGGUGCACAUGCUUCAUCUCUGGCACAACAUCGCCACAGAUGAGCUCAAGGAAUGUUUGCUGGAGUUCAUGCAGAUUCAGAUGUGGUGUCAUCAUCCCCGGGGGGACAGGCAGGGAGUGGGCGGGGCCUAUGCACGAGACUGGGAUAAGUGGAUGAGCCAUUUGAGGAAACUGUAUGAUUUGAUGUAUACGGAAAUUCAGCAACUUGUGAUGAAAACAAGAGUUAAAGACAUGGUUUUGAAACCAGCAUUUGUUAGUCUUGCUGUGGACCUUUGUCAACAGCUGUUCAUAGAUGGUUCCCAUGCCAUUGAGGUGACGCAGCUGUCAAUGAUGGACGACGACUCUGCACAGCCGGGACCCGGCCCCAAACGUCGGCGCCGUGAGACAGGGUGGGAGGCCAUUAGAGCCUUUAUAUCAGAUGCAGGGCAGUCCAUGAGAAUGAUACCAUGGCUACAGCUAGUCAAAGGUUUCAUCUACAAGUAUCCAGACAAGUUCCCUGCUCAGGAAGUGCUUCCCUACCUGACAUGCCUGGCGCAGGUUGUGGGCGCGUGCAAGCAGACGGACCUCAUGGCUCACCUGCUGACCUGUGCCACGGCGUUUGCAGCACACUGGGACCUCAUUUCUCUGCCCAUGAGUGAAGGAGAGAGAGAACAGUGCAAGUCAGCCUGGAACCAGUUGUGGAUGGCAGUUUUGAGAUUUGUGAGUCUGCAUCACAAGGAAGGUCAAGGUUACACGCUGCUGUCGGCCAUGAUGUCAAGCUCUCUGGUCACCCCUCGACGCGACAUAUGGUCGCUCUUCGUUCCAUCAGUUACCCAGCCAGUCACAGAGUCAAUCCAGUUUCUUUGGCAACAGCUGACGUCUGUCGACAUACCAGAGAAGUUUGUAACCAGUCUAAUCGUCCCGGUUUCGGAUGUUACUGGUGGAACAGAGUAUCAGCUAAGAAUGCAGCUGAUCAACUGGUUACUGCCUGCACUCGAAGAUGCGGGUGAAAGUUCAAGGUCACACAAAUUGGAUCCUGAUUGGACAGCAAGAACUUUAAUAACCUUGACCUUAAAUGAUCCAACAUCAUCAAAAACAGCAUGUGAGCUUCAACAGAGCCAUAGAAGCAGUCUGGAAGAACAGUAUUUGGAAAUCUGUCUUGAACUACCUUUAUCUUGUGUUAUGAAACAUGGUGCUACUUCUAAAACAAAGCUGGAGAGAUGCUCUGUUCAUGUCCCUGUGCUUUUACUGGCUGUGGAGACUGUGAUUCAAAGAGAUGUGCAAUAUCUUUGUUCAAGAUCUGAUGAGCAGGUGUCCACGGUGCAAGAGACCCUGACAUACUGCCAAAUGGUUGCCAACUUUCUAAGACAUUUGUUGACAAACAAAAUAAUAACCAAAGAAACUAUCCUAGACUCAAAUAUGUACACAUGCAUGUCAAAGUUAAUGAAGAAAAUCAGUGGCUCCAUGAGUGAUUUAGUGAAAAAAGAUGGAGUAGCCAGUGUUGCCUCCCUUGUUGAAUCUCUGAAAAGACUUUUCAAUUGGAGUCACCUCAGCCCAGAAGUGGGAGGGGUAAUGUCGUCCCUGUGUAGAGCAGUGUCCCCAUUACAGUUGACUGAUCUUCUGAUGGAUAUUGCUAUGGAUAAGCUUUCAAAGAAGGAUGUAAAUCAAUCCCAAAGUGAGCUGGGAGUUGGCUUGAACGAGUCAAGGACAAUCCAUGAGCGGAGCCGGUCCAGAAUCAUGGACUUUGAUGAUGAUGAGUUUGACCUUGACCUUGAAAAGGAGGUCAGUAGUCAUAGCAACAACAACAUGGAGAUCGAUGACCUUGACUUUGAAGAGAGACCGGAGAGCCAGGAGUCAGAGGAGAAUUUGCACAGCAUGGAGAUUUGUCAGAAUCUUUUGACCACCACAUUGAGUGAGAGUCAGACCCUGAGGCUUCUGGCAGUCUCCACGCUCUGUGAGUGGUGUCGUCAAGGUGCCGAGUUGUCAUGGAAACAGAAACCAGAAGUGGACCUGAAAAUUCUAAAGUCGAAAGUAGUUCACCUCCUGAGUAAUGAUGCCUUUGACUUAAAGAAGGCUUUUGAUCUGCAAAUGAUGGUGUUGAUAGUUACCAGUCUAACAGAGGCCCAUGAAACCUUGACAACAAAGGAACUUCUCACAUUUGCUACUGCAGUGAGAACAUGUGUAUCUGGGCACAGAAAGGACCAGGAGAUCUGUGCAGUGAGUAUCAGUCUACUGAGCAGACUGGUCCCACAUAUUGGAUGUCAGGAGGCCGCCUCUAGUGGGUCUCUGAGAGAGACUCAGUCUAUCAUACUGCAUUUAGCAGACGCAUUUUGGAAACUGGAGUCGUACUCUUCACCUGUUCGUAGACAGCUGACCAAUUUAAUGGAAAGAUUAAUGGAGAAUGACCCACAAUGCAUCUGGUCCCGUUUCAAGUCAGAGAAUGAUGAUGUUUCGCCAGAUUCUCAGGAUGCUUCUGGUCCAAGCCCCGCUGACCGAUUCAUCAAUAGCGUCUCAGAUGAUUGUCUUUUGGUCAGAAUGAAAGUGUCAUCUGCUAUAUAUAGGUUAUUUCUACGGAACAAGGAUUCGUAUCAGGAACCCUUAGACAGAUCUACGCAGGAAAGCAUGUUUGCACUUCUCUUCAAGGAAUUGAAAGAACUAAUUGAUUUAACAGCAGAGGCCAACCUGUCGGCAGAGAGGCGUGAGGAUUUCUGUACCGCGGUGGACUCGACCCUGCUGACGAGCCUCGGGUCAGUGAUCUGCCAAAGCGAUGUCUGUGAGAAGCUUGCCCUGUUCUCACUUCUGCAGUUCGUAAAGGAGAAGAGUCUUAAUGUGGGCAAAGUCUGCAAGCUGUUGUCCAAGGUGUCCUCAAUGCUUGGUCACGGCAGCCUGGAGACGUAUGUGGCCAGUCAUCUCCCUUACCUCGUACACAAAUGGCUGGUUGCAGAAUACCCAGUGGAGAGGUUUCCAUUCCAGAUACUGAACUGUACCAGUCUUAAGCAGUUUUAUGGGGAGUACACCAAUGUCCUAAUCCCAGAGCUGGUUGCCUGCAAGUCCCUACAGGACAUACAGCACAUUGGGGCCAAGCUGGGGCAGCCCCUCGGGGACCUCCUCAGGGCGCACAUUCCCCAUGCCAUGACCCACAUUCUGCCUGCCUUCGCUUCCAGGAAACAAUCUACUAAAGCUACUGCAGCAUAUGACCUGCUUGUUCAGGAACUAACUAAACCAGUACUUGAAGGUGAGAUUGUAAGCAAUCUGGAUGAGAUCGUGGUCAACCUGCUUCUGUGUCUGCAUGAGACUGAACAUGAUGUUGGAGCCAUCAGGGACACCAACCCGGAGCCCAACCCCCCAUUUUACAGUGGAGUAACGGUGUCUGCAACACUGGACUAUCUCACUAAAAGCUUUGGGGCUGAUUCUUCAAUCGUGGAGAUACUUUCCAAGACCUCCGACAGUUUGCAGAAGAUCUUGCUGAAGCUGUCAUCUGCACUUUUUACCAGUCGACGAAUGUCUUACAAGCGCAGCAUGCUUUUCAAGUACUGUCUGUUCACACGUCUGCUGCUGAAGCAUUUUUACACACAGCUAGGAGGCAGCUGGGCAUUCGUGCUCCGGGAUGUGAUCACACGACUCGUAUACUUGCUGAUAGACAUGUGUGACCGACCCAUUGAGAAAGAUAUUGACAGCUAUUACCGGGAGAGUAUUGCCUGUGUGGCAUUGGAACUGCUGGGGGAGGUGUGUCAAACAGCUAUAGACACCUGUGCUAAGGAGUUGAUGAAGUAUGUGGGUUUUAUAACAAGCAAUUUGAUACCAGUGGCUGAAUGUCAAGGCGAUAUUGGUCAAAAGGCCCUGGCUAUACUGAAACUGUUGAUUGUUGAAAGAGGAGGUGAUUUAGUGAGCGCAGUUGUGGCCCUUGAUAACUUUCCAGACAGACCAGCAUUUGAAGAAUGUAGAAAAAGGCACCUAAAACUGAAAUAUGCUGCAGGAAGAUUCAAUUUUAAACAGGAGGUCGAGCAUUUCCUGUCAGCCAGUAGCGAUCAUGUUGUUGGAUCCAAGUUACGUCUGGAAGGUCUUCACUUCCUGUUUGGACAGCUGAAGGAGAAUAGUGACCAGCUGCAGACACUGAAAACAGAUGACACCCUGCUAAGACUGGUGUGCAGUUUGGUGGAGCUGAGUAAAUGUAAGAACCAGUCUGUUGUCGAGGCAACCAGCAGGUGCUUGGGAGUGCUGGGCCCAGUCGACAUGAGCACCAUCUGCUUUCCCCACCCUCCUCGGCCGAGAACACUAGAUGUGGCCUUGACCUGUUUUCAGGAUAUUCCAGCCAUGCACAAAUACUGUCACAUAUUCCACAAGUUGAACGAUUAUCUGACGGACAAAAGUAUUGAGCUGGUGCAGUGCACAAGUGAUGUCCUCAAGACGCUGCUCUCUGUGAAGUCAGGCUCUGUGUUCUCAGCGACCUACAAGAAGAAGCUGGGAGAUCUAGAGUAUCUUUUUAAUUACCUUCAUCCCUUCAGAGCCAGCAAGAAAAAGGCACUUAAUGUGACAAUGCCGUCUGCCAACUGGGAGAGGUUUCAGUCCACCGUAGACCAGGAGUCCCUCUGGAAUCCCCCGCACAGUAACCAUGGCAACUGGCUGGUGACCUUGACCUCAACUCUGCUGGAGAGUGGAGCGGUCAGAGACGAGAUCCUUGUGCUUAUAGGGUCUGUUUGUAAUAUUAAGACAGAGCUGUGUGAGAUGGUGUUACCGUACUUCGUACAUGACAUCUUGGAGACUGGUUCUGCAGAUCACAGGGAGGUAUUGUCCAGGCGGAUAGGGGCGUUCUUCUCCAGCCACUGCGGCCAUGGUAACGGCAGUGUGAGUCGAUGUCAGUCCCUCACCUCUGCAACCAUGCUCACUGAUGGAAACAAGACUGCCAUAUGUAUGAACAAGGAGUCUGUCCGUGUCAUGUUGAACGUUGUACAGUAUCUGCGACAACAGGACCGGCCAAAACAUGGUCGCAAGGAGAGCACGCCAUGGGAUAAAAACUUCUGGCUGGAUCUGGACUACCUGCAGGUUGCCAUGGCAGCACAGUACUGCCACGCCCACUUCUCUACCCUAAUGUACGCUGAGAUCUGGUUUGAUGUCCACAGGGAAAGAACCCAGUCUGGAAGUAGCCAGCCCCAAUCCCAGAAUUCCUCUCAGAGCCUUAGCCAGGAGACGAGGAUAGAUGCCCUGUCUGAGGCCUCCAGUGUGCAGUCAGGUGUUUGUGUACAGGAUCUGCUAUUGGAGGCCUACACAUGGAUUGGGGAACCAGAUGGGGUUUACGGCUGUGGGGCGGGCAGAAAGGCUGACGCUUCUUCUAGAAUCUGCACUUAUCAGCAUGAGAACCAAUGGGAUAAAGCUGUGAUGACAUGUGACAUUCAGAUGAGCCAAUCAGCACAGUGCAGUCAAUAUGACAUGUUGCAUGUUCUGCAGAGGUUCGGCACCAGCCAUGUGCUGUCCACGUAUCUGAAAGGCAUGCUGGGAGAGGAAGUGACCACAAACCUGUCCUUCAGUGUAAGAGAGCUCCAGUUUGAGGCAGCCUGGAGGGUUGGACAGUGGGCCUUGGAAAUGCCAGCAAGACAAGGGUUUGCUCAAGGUUACCAUGACAUGAUGUACCGAGCCCUUAGGUCGAUCAAUGAGGAUCACUUUACCCUCGCUGAUGACUUGCUGAAAGAAGCAAGGCUUAGUGCUAUUGCUCGCCUCUGGGACGGUUGUCUGGACAGCACCAAGGGACUGUACUCCAUCAUGGCCGACCUGCAGUGUGCCCACAUCGUGCAGAAUGUAGCUGAUGUCUUGUCCAAGAAUUCCAAUACGCCUAUCGUGAAACUUAUCAACGACAGUGUGUACACUGACUCAGAUUUCUCGUUCACGGACCCUGUUCUACACAUGCAGUGUUCAGCCCUAGGUCUGAUGGUGGAGAAAUCUCAGAACGCUGCCCUGGUGGGAGACUACGUGGCGAGUCUCAGACAACUUGCUGUGGCUGCCCGGAAGGCUGGAAGGCACCAGAUAUCGGAGAGAGCAAUCGGAAGGUUGAAGGGACUGACCUUCUCAGAUCCCUCCCUGAACAUUCCCAUCAAACUGGAGGAGUCCAUGUUGUACUGGGCACGGGGGGAGCAGGACAUUGCCAAACAUCUCAUCAGGUCUACCAUUGAGACACUCAAGAAGUUGCGGGCCACAGACCCAACUGCUGCACGUCUCUACCCCGAGGCCCUUGGUAUCUAUGGCAACUGGCUUGCAGAGACGCGCUCAGAGAACCCAAACAUCAUCAUGGAGCAGUACAUGGAGAAGACUAUCAGUUUAUUCGAGGAGCUUGGUGAAGGUGGUGCAGGUGUCUCGGUGGACGCCUACCUGUCACUGGCGCGUUACGCCGACACGCAGUACCAGAACAUUGUUAACUACAUGCGCUCAAGCACCUUCGAGGCCAAGCAGUCGCUCAUGAGGGAGUCCAAGGCCGAGGCGGAGAGGCUGCGGGAAGUCAUGGGCGAGACUGCGAAAGAGAGAAAAGCACCUAGGGACGUGAGUCGCUAUCUACGGACACUGGAGAAGCAAUCGGAAAUAGACGAACACGAGUUGGAGAGCAUGAAUCAGGAUCGGAACAUAUUCCUACUGAAGGCCGUCGAGAAUUACGUGAAGUGUCUGCGAAGUGGGGAUGAGCACAACCUGCGUGUGUUCAGACUUACCUCCCUUUGGUUCAACAACGUGGACAAUGAGCUGGUCAAUCAGAUGAUACAGGGCUGUAUUGAGGGAAUCAAGAGCUACAAAUGGCUGCCCCUGAUGUACCAGCUAGCCGCCCGCAUGGAUGUGAAAGCCCGUAAAGAUGCCUCCAUGGAGUUUCUAAACACCCUGAAUAAGCUGAUCUAUGACACAUGUGUGACCCACCCCCACCACACACUGUUCUGCGUGCUGGCCCUGGCCAACGCAAACAGGGACACUGAGCUCCUACAGCAGGGGAAAGCCAAGAAGGGCAAACUGUCCAAGAGCCAACCAGAGAUCUGCAUGGAAGAGGGCCGUGUGUCUGCUGCUAAGGCGCUGGUUGAGCGGUUGAGGAAGGACAAGAGAGUUGGAGGUGUGGUCAAGGACAUGGAGACAUUGUGUGACGCCUACAUACAGCUGGCCAACUGGAAUGUAACCCAGUAUGCAAAGCAAACAACGGCCAUUCCUUUGCCAGAUGCAUUAUGGAUUGCCAAAGUGAAGGAUCUGAAAAAUGUACCCAUUCCAACAAAGGAAAUCAAGGUGGAUCCCUCUGGAGAGUACAAGGACAUCCCCUACAUACUCAAGUUUGACGCCCACUUCAAGCUGGCGGGAGGUAUCAACCUUCCCAAGAUCAUCACAUGCAUCAGCUCUGAUGGAUCUAGCAGCAGGCAGCUUGUCAAGGGUCGAGAUGACCUGCGUCAGGAUGCGGUGAUGCAGCAAGUGUUUGGCAUGGUGAACAGUCUGCUGCAGAAGGAUGCAGAGACCAGGAAACGACAGCUCCAGAUCAGGAAAUACAAGGUCAUCCCACUGUCCCAGAGGAGUGGUCUCCUGGAGUGGUGUGAGGGGACCCAGCCUAUCGGGGAGUACCUGAUAGGCAGUGCAACCUCCGGGUCCCAGGGGGCUCACGCCCGCUACCGGCCCCUGGACUUGCAGCCAAUGGACUGCAGGAAACACAUGACGACUGCGUCAACUCCCGAGGGUAAACUAAAGGCAUACCUGCAGAUCUGUGCAAAGUUCCAGCCUGUGUUCCGUCACUUUUUCCUGGAAAACUUCCCUGACCCGCCAGUCUGGUUUCAGCGUCGCCUGGGUUACACCCGGAGUGUGGCCACUAAUUCUAUAGUGGGCUACAUUCUUGGCCUUGGUGACCGGCACCCACAGAACAUCCUGAUAGACAAGAACACUGCUGAGCUGGUGCACAUUGACCUGGGCGUGGCCUUCGAACAGGGCGAGAUCCUCCCCACCCCCGAGACCGUACCGUUCCGUCUCACUCGGGACAUAGAGGAUGCCAUGGGUGCAUCUGGGGUGGAAGGCGUCUUUAGAAGGUGCUGUGAGAAGACAAUGGAGGUAAUGAGGCAUAACCAGGAGGCCCUGCUCACCAUUCUAGAGGUGCUCCUCUAUGACCCCCUGCACGCGUGGACCAUCUCUCCCGCCAAGGCGUACGAGUUGCAGCGUCGCCGCGGUGACAGCAGCGACACCAUGGACGUUGCCGACAUCACUACCAUGGAAUACGCGGAAAAGAGCAGCGAGAAAACAAACAGUUCCACCCAGGAGAGUGUGAACAAGCUGGCUGAGCGUGUGUUGCUACGGUUACAGCAGAAGCUGCAGGGGCUGGAGGACGGGGUGCAGCUUAGCCUGUCGGGCCAGGUGAACCACCUGAUCCAGGAGGCUAGAAACCCACACAACCUCUCACGACUCUUCCCUGGCUGGCAGCCAUUCAUAUAACGGCAGAAACUGUGUGGCGUGUCCAUUUGACAGUCAUUUAUAUAACAUCAGAAAAUUGUUUAGCCAGUCGUAUCAUUAAACAUGGUAGGGACAUUCUGGAAGCUGUCUGGUGUGUCGUGGCUGAAACAUGCACAGCUAUAACUUAAUUAAAUCAAAACGACUUCUUUGGAAAGAAGCCAUUUGUAAAACACAGGCAAUGGUCUGGCCAUUCGUUUAUAAUUUACCAAACCUGGACAAUAUCGCAAAAUGUUUUACUUACUGUGCAGUGUCUUUUCUAGAUGGGGGGUUAGUUAUACCUAUAGUAUAUUCUUGGGAACAGUCUAGCAGUCACAUUUUUUGCCCAGUCAUGUGUUCUAAUAAUAUCUCAUCUGUGUUUCAAAUUGGUUCGGUCCAUUUAAAAGCAUGGACUCCAGAGGGGGGGGGGGCAUUUUUACUUACAUGGCUUUAGCAGAAGUUGUUUUUUUGCCAUUCUUGAAACUUGCUCAGAACACUUGUUUUAAUGAUAUCUCUGCUGAGUUUGCAAUUGGUUUGGGUCCCUUGAAAAACAUGACCACCACAGAGCAGGGCAGUUUUCCUUAUUUGGUAAUAGUGAAACCUUGUGAAUACUUCAAUUAAUAGAAGCCCCGUUUUUUGUUCAAAGUUUGCAACACUUGGUCAGAACAUGUGUUUAAAUAAUAUCUUGGCCAAGUUUGAACAUGAUUUCUUCUGUUAAAAAAGAAAUUGCUUGGGGUGGGGAUGGCAGUUUUCCUUAUAUGGAUAGUAAAACCAUACCCGCCCAGAACUGGUAUUAGUUUUCAAUUGCAUAGUGAUGUAUCUCGCUAAAAAAUUAAUUGUACGUUCAUUUCUAUAACACUGUAUUGUUACAAAAUGAUAAAACUACAGGACAAAUAACACAGAUUAAAGUCUUCAGUUAUACCCCUACUUACUCAAGAAAUUAUUUAACUUUGAGGUAAAGAAAUUCCUUACAAUCACUUUUACUUUAAGAGGUAAAAACAAAUCAAAUACAAAGACCACAAUGUUACUUUUAAAAUGAUGUCAUCCUUGUGUUUGCAAUUUGUUGGAAAGACCAUAUAUACACAAUAUUAAGCCUGAAGUUUCGGCAAUAAUGUCACAGGUCUAUUUUGUUUGUAGGGGAGUUAAAAUAAAAUUGCCUUUAAAGUACAACUGCCUUCUUGUUGGAAAGAACAUUGCAGGAAACAUUACAUCAGGCUUAAAGUGUUUCACAAAGAUGUGUUUAGUUUUUAGACCGCUUCCACUCUACUUUGUUUGUACAUGUAAUCAAUUAGCAGUAUUUUUGUUGAAAAUGUAUAUAGGAUUGAAAUGCUAUUUGCUAAUGUUUUUGCGUAUGUCAAACUAGAACAUCAAAACACAUUUAUUUGAUCACAAAUGACAUAGUACAAUAUAAUUUACCAAAAAAAUGCAUCCAUAAAAUAGGUUUAAUAUUGAAAUCCUUUAAGAACCCCUAAAGUGUCUGUUUGAAAUAAUUGUUGUACGACGUUAUUGUUAUAUUAGAAUUAUAAGUUUACAUUGUUUAAAGGUACCUACUUUUUUACCUUCACACCAUAUAUACAGGUUUGCCUUAAAAUGCAGUUCCUUUCACUUUCAAAACAGAAACCAUAUUCUCAUCACACAGAGUCAAACAAUGCAAGAUUAUAGAUUUGAAAUGAAAUUCAGAGGCAAAACCCUAAUAUAAAUUACACCAAAACACACCCAUGCUUCCUUUAUUUUAUAACUUAUUAUAUUUCAUUGUCUGGUUAUUUUAAAUAAUGGAACCAGACCAUGAUUACCUUGUAAACCUGUACAAAAAUCAGCCUCACUCUGUAAAAAGGGGGUUUAAUGCAUGUGCUGGAAGUGUCAUGCCAGAUUAGCCUGUGCAGUCUGCACAGGCUAAUCAAGGACAACAUUUCCUUACUAAACUGAAUUUUCAUGAAGAACAGUCUUCCUUUAAACUACAAAUUCAAUAAAAAAAGGAAAGAAUAGUCCCAGAUUAACCUGUGUGGACUGCACAAGCUAAUCUAGGACGACACUUUACGCACAUGCAUUUAACCCCAUUUUAACACAUGCACAACUCAAAUUGAUUAGGUAAUCAUGGUUGUAACAUGUAAUAAAUUUAUAGUUCACUGUGUUGAUGUUAUUUACUAAACUUUGCAUAUCUAUACCCCCAGCCUUGAUUUGAGGCAAAGAAGGGUGUACUAGAAUCACUCUGUGUGUCUGUCCAUUGAAACAAAGAAUUUAGAAUUUCUCCUAGAUCAUUAUGUAAACAAAACACAGUUCAAAAUGUAUACAUAUUCAUGUAUGUGUGUGCUUAUCAAAUGUGUUCACAAUAAUAAACUUGUUGCUUGC